CCAAGGGCAGAACUUCUCCACGUUUACAAGCUGUUUGCAGCAGCACCAUGAGCACCAACCCGUCCCCCGCUGCAUCCGAGCAGCUCUGCUACCAGAACGUGACCGGAUCCUGCGCGAAAGCCCCCUACUCGCCCGGACCCCGGCUCAUUCUCUACACACUGUUCAGCUUGGGGGCUGUGCUGGCCGCUUUUGGAAACCUCCUGGUGGUGAUUUCAAUCCUGCAUUUCAAGCAGCUGCACUCGCCAACCAAUUUUCUCAUCGCCUCUCUGGCCUGUGCUGACUUUCUGGUGGGGGUGACCGUCAUGCCCUUCAGCAUGGUCAGGUCUGUGGAGGGCUGCUGGUACUUUGGGCCGAGUUUCUGUACCUUCCACACGUGCUGUGAUGUGGCAUUUUGUUACUCUUCCCUCUUCCACUUGUGCUUCAUCUCCAUCGACAGGUACGUCGCUGUUACCGAGCCUCUGGUCUAUCCUACCAAGUUCACGGUGUCCGUGUCGGGGACAUGCAUCGGCAUCUCCUGGAUCCUGCCCCUUGUAUACAGUGGUGCCGUGUUCUUCACAGGUGUUCAUGAUGACGGGCUGGAGGAAUUAGUAAGUGCCCUCAGCUGCGUAGGCGGUUGUCGGCCACUUAUAAAUCAGUUUUGGAUUUUGAUAGAUUUGCUAUUAUUUUUCACACCUACUUUUGUAAUGAUGAUGCUGUACAGUAACAUUUUUCUUGUGGCUGGAAAACAGGCUAUAAAGAUUGAAAACAUUAGUAGCAAAACAGAAGCAUCAGGGACAUACAAAACCAGUAAGAGAGAGAGAAAAGCAGCUAAAACCCUGGGUAUCACGGUGGUAGCAUUUUUGAUCUCCUGGUUACCGUACAUGAUUGAUUCAUUCAUUGAUUCUUUUGGGGGGUUUAUAACACCUUCUUAUGUCUAUGAGAUACUUUGCUGGUUCGCUUAUUAUAACUCUGCGGUAAAUCCUUUGAUCUAUGCUUUGUUUUACCCUUGGUUUAGGAGAGCAGUAAAACUCAUUAUAAGUGGUCAAGUAUUAAAAGACAGUUCCUCAACCAUAAGCCUGUUUUCUUAAUGAUCCUAAAUUUCAAAUCGAGGAAUCUGUUGCUCUAGUGCGAAAUUCCCCAGAACUGUGGCAUGAAUCACGCUGUAUGAAGAUGACCCAUCAAACUGCAGAGGAGAAAUAAUGCCACAGUUUCA